CUCUUUGAUGUCCAAACCACCCCAACCUUCAUUUUUGUAGCAAAAUUGUCCACUCUCCGUGCCCUUGGCCGCCCUUGGCAUUGUAAAGUGCCACAUUUUGGGGUAAAAAUGCCGGUGCCUGGCAGCGAAUGUGGACCUGGCCGGCCGCUGCAGGAGGAGUUCUUCCUGGCAGCCUUGGAUGCCAAGUUUGCUCAGCAGGAGCAGCUGAUCCGCGGGCUGCUGGAAGCUGCGCCUGCGCCUGCGGUGCAGUCUGCGGUGCAGUCUGUGCAACCACGGCAGGUGGCCUUUCUUUUUGGGGGAGAUUCCAAGUUCUCGCAACCCGAGACGUCGGUGUCUCACCAACAAUCGGACGAUCCAUCAGUGGAGCCACCCAGAACGGUGAAGCCCACCAAGAAGACCUUGGCAACUUUGGGGGCUCAGGUCAUGAGUGAGAAAUGGAUCAAAGAUCCUCCGCUGAAAGCUUUCGUGAAAGAAAAACUGGACCUCCCCAUUGGCUGCGUGGUUUUGGCGAAUGUGGUGCUGAUGAUCAUCCACUCUCAAUGGGUUGGAAUAUCCACAGACGUCAGUUUGGGCCUCAUCGAGUCGUCGGAUACUUUCUUCUCGCAGGAGUUUUUCGACAUCACAGAGUACAUCUUUUUCGGAAUCUAUUUGGUAGAUCUCGUCGUGCGAAUUGCUGUUCUGCGAAGGGAAUGGUACUAUGAUCCUAAGAGGGGCCUCAUGUACAUGAAUGUCUUUGAUGCCUUUCUAGUGUUGCUCAAUUUUUCAGAACUCCUGGUGCUUCCUUUCUUAGAUUCUGGUGCCACUCCAGAGCUCAAUACCAAUCAGAUCCGGCUCAUCAAACUCACUCGGGUCUUUCGAACCCUCCGAGUUGUCAAGACCUUGUCCAUGUUGCGACAGUUGCGACACUUAGUGGCCACAUGCAUCGCGAGUAUCGGCGCCCUAUUCUGGUCUUUGGUGCUGCUGUUGUUUCUGAAGCUGAUCUUUGCCCUGAUGUUGAGCCAAACUAUGCAGCUGUACAUUCAGAGCCCUCAAGAGAAUUAUGAGGACCGGUUGCUGAUGAACAAUUGGUAUGGCAACUUCAGCAGGUCCAUGUACACGUUUUUUGAAAUUACAUAUUCAGGUGGCUGGCCUUUGUUGGUACGACCUGUGCUCGAGAAGGUCAGUGCGUGGUAUGCUAUUCCCUUCCUGCUUUAUGUCACUUUAGUGGUCUUUGCCACACUGCGAAUUGUGACGGCCCUGUUUUUGAAAGAAACAUUAUCAACUGCGGCGAAUGAUGCGGAGAUGGUGAUUGAAGACUCCCGGCGUUUUGCCUUGCAGUACCAAAAGAAGUUGGAGGAGCUGUUUCGGUUGGUGGACGAUGACUCGGAUGGGCAUCUAACAGCAGAGGAGUUCGUGCAGGCCAUGAAGCUGCCCAGCGUGGAGCAAUACCUGGCGUACCUGGAGAUCACUGUCCGUGAUUGUGGCCCCCUCUUCGACAUCCUCGCGGGAGAUGAUGGGCUGAUCACGAUCUCAGAGUUCUGCCGAGGCAUCAUGCAACUCAAAGGGACGGCCAGGGCCCUGGACAUCGUGGUGUUGCAGCAUGAGAAUUCGAAACUCAUGAGGGAGUGUAAGAAGACUCGCAAAAUGAUGGAGACGCUUGCUGCGACAUCACCACCGUUGGACUCACCUGGUGCCGAAACCAUAAGCUGAAUGAGAGUCUCUAUUGACCCAUAAAUCCAUGACCCAUAUGUCAUAUCCAUAUCAUGUUUCACCCUGUGAAAUGGCUCAAGGCAUAUUCACCCUCAGAUCGAGACAUUUGAAAGCGCAUUCCAGUGGGAAAAAGCA